UCCAGUCGGACGUUUGUCAGCCGUCUUAAUGUUCUCUGUCAGGAGCGUUUUAGCAAAGUUUGAUUCUUCUUACGGAGUCUGCAGACACAAGAUCAAACUGCAAAACAGGAUGUGCACGUUUCCUCACGUGGUGGCUGCCAUCUGUCAGCUGACUGCAACUCCAGACAAAGAGCAGAACUUCAGCACCUGUAAGCGGUUGGUGGAGGAAGCCAAAGAGCGAGACGCCAGCAUGGUCUUUCUGCCUGAGGGCUUCGACUACAUCGGUUCCAGCAGAGAGGAAACAUUGUCGCUCAGUGAGACUCUGACAGGAGACACCAUCAAAAGAUACUCUCAACUGGCCAGGACGUUGGAGGUGUGGCUCUCACUUGGAGGCUUCCAUGAGCGAGGACACGCCUGGGAGACGGAUCGACGAAUCUACAACAGUCACAUCAUAAUUAAUGAUAAAGGUGACAUAGUUUCCAUUUACAGGAAGUCCCACCUGUUUGAUGUGGAGCUGCCAGACAGGGGCGUAUCCCUCAGAGAAAGCGCCUUCACCAUACCUGGACCCUCCCUGGUGCCCCCGGUCCAAACUCCCAUUGGCCAGGUGGGUUUAGGGAUCUGCUACGAUCUCAGGUUCCCCGAGUUAUCGUUGGCUCUGCAAAGGCACGGCGCCGAAAUCCUGACGUACCCAUCGGCCUUCACUGUAGCAACAGGAGCAGCUCACUGGGAGGUGCUGCUCCGUGCGCGGGCGAUUGAGACUCAGUGCUUUGUGCUGGCGGCGGCGCAGGUUGGACAACACCAUCAGAAGCGUUCGUCGUAUGGCCACGCCCUCGCGGUGGACCCCUGGGGUGAGGUGCUGGGCGACUGCAGAGUGGAAAGCCCAGGCCUGAUAACGGUGCCCAUCGACCUGGAGAAAAUCCACAGCACCAGGAGGAAGAUGCCGAUCGAACGGCACCGCAGAAACGCCGGAUUCUACCGGAGUCUGGAAGACAGCUGAGGACAACAGAAGUGCAAAAAUACAAAGUGAUUUCAGCGAGCAAACUCAAUCAAGUGCACAGUGUGUAAAGUUAUUAACUCACUGGAAAAAGGAAAAAAAAACAAUUUAAAUGGAAAACCUAUUGCGGUAGUGAUCACUAGAGGGCACUGUUGAUUAGAAGGUUUAGGACAUGAGGAAAUACCAAAACAUUCCUGUGUUGAUUAAAGAUUCCUCUUUUUGAAUUAACUUAAAUACAAUAAUUUUAAUUUUUGUGUCUGUGCAAAGAAAAUAAUGAAUUUGUCUGUCGAUGAUGAAAACUAAACUUUUUUUAAUUAAAAUGGUUAGAAA